AUGGCGGGUUCUUGUCCCGCUGUUUGUGACUACCGAUGCUCAAAGCAAGCACUGCACGAGAAAGCCAAGAUUGAACGCCGUGAGAAAAUUAUGCGUAACAGGGAACGCAAGACAGCCAACCGGACGCAUGUCUUGGAUGAUGCGCCUCUACAACCCCAGCGGCCUCCACCAGCUGACGGCCACGGCAACUCACCGCGCCACUUCCGCCGGACUUUCCCCCACAUCCGCCGGGACCUUCACUAG